AUGCUUGCUAAGGGAAUUUCUCCUAAUGUUAUCACAUACAGUUCUCUCAUUUUUGGAUUGUGUCUUGAGGGUCAAUAUAAGGAAGCCAUUGAUUUGUUAAGUGAUAUGAUGCUUAGAAACAUUACUCCAAAUGUUCGUACCUAUAGUAUUUUGAACGAUGGGCUAUGCAAGGAAGGAAAGAUCAAAGAUGCUAAGAGUGUAUUGGCUGUAAUGGCAAAACAUGGUGUGAAACCAGAUGUAGUUACUUAUACCAGCUUAAUGGAUGGAUAUUGUUUGGUUAAUCAGGUAAAUAGGGCAAAAUAUAUAUUCAACACAAUGGCCCAAAUUAGAGUGUUACCCAAUGUUCAAAGUUACAGUAUCAUGAUUAAUGGCUUCUGCAAAAGUAAAAUGGUCGAUGAAGCCUUGAAUCUCUUUGAAGAAAUGCAUCACAAGAACUUGGUUCCAGACACGGUAACUUACAGCACUCUUAUUGAUGGCUUGAGCAAAUCAAAGAGAAUCUCCCGUGCUUUGGAGCUUCUUAUCGAGAUGCAUCAUAGAGGUCAACCCGCUAAUGUAGUCACUUACAAUUCGUUGUUGGAUGGGAUGUACUUCUUCUUCAGACAUUUCUAA